AUGGGAUGCAGGGUGCAUAGCAUGAGGCAGGUACCUCAUAAGAAGCCUCCAUUUUACUGCCCAUCAACAAGGAGAGUUUCCUAUAAAGUGUAUAGCCUCACUUCAUUUACUGAAGCGUUGCAUGAACAAACCCUCCUUAAACUAAAUGAUACGGCCUGGUACAGUGACCUACAGGAAGUGGAGAAAAGAUCUGACCUUAGCCCUCAGGAGGAACUCCAGGCUACCAAGAAAAGUAGUUUUUGGAGCACUGACAGAAAUGAGGAGUCGUCAGGGGAUCUAUUAACCAAACGUCUAACAGCCAAAGCAAGUUUGGGGGUGGGUCCAGGACAAGGAAGGACUACUAGGGAGGUAGAAGUAAUCUGGUGGCCAGAUCUAUACUCCACCACAAGGAAUGGAAAACUUUCAAUAAGAUUCUGUAUUAAAAAAGUAACUGUUUGA